CCUUGCCAGUCUAUUGACGUCAUGGCGCCAAAGAUGGCGCUCUUGAUUACGUCAUUGUAGUUUAAAAUAAAUAUGUCGCUGAAUCUGUGCAUAUGCAACAGGGUUUGGUAAUUGAAGAUUUCACAGCCAGUUCACGAUGGACUACGGUAGUGGAUUCUGUGUAGUGUUCCUUUGGCUUAUGGAGGUGGUUUUACCGAUUUCUUGUGAAGCGAAAUUUUCGUCGACAGUAUGUUUCGGCAAUACUUAUGACGUACAUGUCAACGUAAAACUCCAGUGUAAACUUGCAAGAGUGAUACACUUCGUAGAAAUUGUUGGCUCCCAGUCCGGGCAUGACAACUGUACGAAGACGACGUCAGUGCCGCUGUGUCGAGAGGUGAUAGGUCCAGUCCGGAUGGACACCGUCGUGCUGUCGCCGUGUAACGGACGGACGCACUGUCGACAGACAGUGGCUAGAAAGUCGUUCACGAAAUGUAACGUUGCAUCAGUUCAAGUCAUGUACGACUGUGUCUCUAAAUCUGCCAUCUACGACAUGUGUACGGACAUCAGUGUAAGACAAAACUCGUCGACUCCGGUCAUAUAUCUGAAGAGUCCCGGCUACCCAUACUCGUACGGCCAUAGCCAUGGGUGUAAAUGUGUUGCGAAAACGCGGCGACGCUCCAUGAAGUCCAACAUUCUGCACUUAAGCUUUGACUUUUUAAGAGGUGAAAGCAGCCUGGUUGUGAAAAAUACUACAGCAACGUUGUGGGAUACAGACGAAGAGAAACGAACAUGCAAGUUUUCGUCCUGCCUCUUUGCGUCUCUUAUACAGCAGAACCGCAAUGUAACUCAGUCACAGAGCUAUAUUCAAAUAUCUUACGACAACAACAACUACACCGGGCAAAAUGUAUGGAUGGAGAUAGUAGGAGACCCAAAUGAGUUGAUGACACUUACAUGCAGUGGUGGGAAGACAAAAGCAGACGAAGACAUAGUAUUACCAGGUUUAAGGGCAAACGAAACCGAAACUGAGAUUCGGGAGAUGAUGGAGACGGAGCAGAAGGAAUUAGAAGGAAACCUAUCAUCAAGUUCCAACGGAAGCUCUUCUCUACCAGCAUAUGUACUGAAACCUAAUCCAGGACUGAUGCACACGACAUUCUAUGUUACAAUAUUAUUCGGGUUGGUGGGUAUUGCAGCCGUAUGUGCUACUACUACUAUGUACUACUGGAAGAAACGACAACAGCGAUUCAACGACUCCUCUGAGCCAUUGUCAACAUUUCUAUACUCAAGGCUUCGCAGAAGCAAACCAGAUGACAGGCUGCAGUUCCUGGAAUUAGAAGAACAAUAAUCGAGGAUGACGAAAGAAAAUGUCCACCGAGGCUGCCCGUGAAGAGAGAACGCGUCAUGUUGAUUGAAUUAAAACAGUUUAUUGAAUGUUAAAAAUGUUGCUAAACCAAAUGUUGCGUCUGGCUUGCCAACAACUUUGAACAUGAUUAAGAACAUGAAUUCGCUAGUUACACAAACAACGGUAUCGGAAUAAAACACGAAAAAAAGAAGAAGAAUCAUUGUGUCUUGAGCCAUGACUCAAAUUGUUUAGGUUGCCUCAAUUUUACUGGUAGAUCCAAAAUAGUUGUUUUUCUUCUUCUUUUUUCUUUUAUCGCGGUGUGUUCAGAUUUGAAUCUCAAAUUGCCAAGAUGGUUUCCAGAAAACUAAUUUUUUUUAAAGGGACUGUUCAGAGUUUGCUGCCAUUGUUAAUAUAUUUCCGAUUAACACAACGCAUUUAACCUCUAAAACUAUCUUGACAUUGUCAUAUUGAUCUGGGGGCAAUAUACCCUAAAUGACACAAAACCACCAUAAAACCCUAGUUCACGGUAAGGUCAUAUUUUCAUAUCUGGCAACCUGACUAAGGAGCGGUCUAGCACUGAAACAUACACAGUGACGUAACAAAAUACCGUCCGUCUAUAGAUAUAGGCUAUAGCCAGUCUGUUUUUAGUUUUCUAAACAUGUUUUGCAUAUAUAAUUUUUGGUUGUGUCAACGUAGGAAAAAAAGGUAAACAGUUUUGGUAAAAAGAGAGAAAAAAUCCAUUUUGUUCAGUGAAAUUAAAUAAAAUUCUAUUUAAAAACAAAUAUAUGGUUGAAGGAGACUGUUGUACUAUGUUAGUCCAAAAAUGGACGGCAAUUACGGGACUGUCAUUUUGGCUUCGUAUUCAAUAAAAUAUCACAUAUCUUAGAAGAAAAAAAAAUACAACUAAAAUUACGUAUUAAAUACAUUUUCCUCUCUAGAAUGCCCGUGUCUGUAUAUUCAAUGUUUUUCUUAUCAUUCUAUUGUUUGCAGCAGUUCAAACCCAUAUUGAAUAUACAAAGAUUGAUGGUCUAAACAAGAAAAUGUAUUUGAUCUGUAAUUGUAUUUGCUAAAACGUCUCUAUUAAUCGGAAACAUAUUACAAUCGCAGCAAGCUCGGAACAUUUUCUUUAAACAAUGGAAAUAAUAAACUGAGAGUUCUCAGCCGCCCAGGCUCGUAUUUUAAGCAUUAUAUCAUUAUGUUACAAAUGAAUGUAGUUAAUAUAUUUUGUUAUUUGAGGUAAAAUGGAGUAUAAGUUAUUUUCGAGAUAACAAUAAAUGAAACAAUUUUAAAAUGAACAUUCAGACAUUAUACAUUAUGUAAUAUAAACCAAUAUAUGUUGUAUUUUUAAAAAAAAUAUUUUUAAAUAUGAUGUAAAAUGAAAUUGUUUAUGAUUUCAUUAAAUAAAUGUUUUGUACUCAAAAGUGUACGACAUGGUGAUUCAGAGAUGAGUUCGUUAUAUGUGUUACAAGUCUGCCUAGUUCACCCUGUAGAUGCAGUAGAGAAUAGUCGGCCAGGAGACCGAGACGUUCGCAUGGUCGCUCAGAAUAUAAUAAUCUUAGAAUGAGGUAGAUGCCAGAGAAUGAAAAGAUGUGUGUGUGUGUGUGUGUGUGUGUGUGUGUGUAUGUGUGUGUGUGUGUGUAAUCUUCAGUGUUGUACGUAUGAUAUAUCUGCCUGCCGCCCCUACCUCGCUUGCGACGCCUAUUAAUGAGGCCCAUUCCUUCAGGGAAUAAGCAAGAGUAGAAUAAAUAAGUAUAGUUUAGACUGCCCAUCAAAAAUAGUGAGUCGAAUAAUUUUAAUUUAAUUAUGAAUAUUAAUUUGCAGAUUUAGUUUUAGCCGACACCAUCAAAAUUUCUCCCCAUUUCCCCCAUUAUAAAAACCUUAUAGUAAAUUACUUUCUGUUCGAUGCUCAUCCACUGGUCAUGGCAGAGACUGAUCAUCGGAUGGGUGUGUCUGAACCAUUGUUUGAACAGAGACACCUUAAUAACAUUACCUAACCUAAUGGGGGCCCAUAAAUCCAUCACCCUUUUAAAAGUAAAAACAAAAUAAACAUGCUAGCCUCUGGGUCCGAUUUUACUCUACGUAAUUUGUUCUAUAUUUUGAUCAUGUAAAGGGGAAUUAUUUAACUAUUGAAUUUUUAUAUUGAUGUUGAUUAUCACUUACUGUUUUGCAUUUACCAUAGUUUGACACCCAAUAACCGAUGUAUUUUUCGUGCUGGGGUGUGGUUAAACAUCUAUUCUAUUCUAUUCUAUUCUAUUCUAUUCUAAAGAGGAAAAACAAGAACAUUCAAACUGUUUGGGGGUCUUCUGUUUCGACCGUUCUUACCUGUCAAGUUUUUAUUUUGUUCAGUAUAAUAUUAGUAACAU